UAGGAGCUCGCCGCGUUCCAGCGGGGUGGGCGCUCGGGAGCCGGUCAGAGUGCGAGGGAGAGCGAGAGGCCGGAACCGGGCCAGGGAGAGGGAGUCGGAACCACGAGAGGCAGAGGGAGAGGACCGGGACCCUGGAGCCGGUGAACCUUUACAAUGGACGGAAAGAUGGGACUGUCAAUCUGGAUGGUGUUAUGCUUCACACUUGCUCAUUUGGUCUUACACACAGAUUCAAUAGCGGUGAUGUCCGUGGACUUGGGCAGCGAAUGGAUGAAGAUUGCCAUUGUGAAGCCAGGAGUGCCCAUGGAGAUUGUAUUAAACAAGGAAUCAAGAAGGAAAACUCCAGUUGCUGUUGCUUUAAAAGAAAACGAACGACUCUUCGGGGACAGUGCAGUAGCGAUGUCGGCGAAAAACCCAAAGGUGGUGAUCCGCUACUUGCAGGAUCUGAUGGGGAAACAUUCUGAAAACCCACAGGUAGAGUUGUACAGGAAGCGUUUCCCUGAACAUCAGGUAGUGGCAGCUGGACAGCGAGGGACUGUUGUGUUCAAACUGUCAGAUGACUUAUAUUAUUCCCCUGAAGAGAUACUGGGGAUGGUGCUAAAUUACUCAAGAACCUUGGCUCAGGAUUUUGCAGAGCAGCCCAUUAAGGACCUAGUCAUCACCGUACCAGCAUACUUCAAUCAGGCAGAGAGACGUGCAGUCCUACAUGCUGCUCAGAUGGCGGGCCUGAAGGUCCUUCAGCUCAUCAAUGAUAACACGGCUGUGGCCCUGAACUAUGGUGUGUUUCGGAGGAAGGACAUUAAUGCAACGGCCCAGAAUGUGAUGUUUUACGACAUGGGAUCAAGCAGCACCACUGUCACCAUUGUUACCUACGUAACAAUUAAGACAAAGGAUUCAGGAACGCAACCGCAGCUCCAGAUCCGAGGGAUUGGGUUUGAUCGGAAUCUUGGCGGGCUUGAGAUGGAACUUCGUCUACAGGAUCACCUAGCAAAACUCUUUAAUGAGCAAAAGAAGACUUCUAAAGAUGUCCGCCAGCACCCACGAGCAAUGGCCAAGUUGUGGAAAGAAGCAAAUCGUGUGAAAACAGUAUUGAGCGCGAAUAUAGAUCACACGGCACAGAUUGAGGGGCUCCUUGAUGACAUUGACUUCAAGGCUAAAGUAACAAGACAGGAGUUGGAGGACCUGUGCAGUGAUCUUUUUGAGAGAGUUGCAGAGCCUGUACAUCAGGCUUUGAAAGUGUCUGAGUUGAAAAUGGAAGAAAUUGAUCAUGUGAUUCUGGUGGGUGGAGCAACACGAGUUCCCAAGGUGCAGGAGGUUCUGCUGAAAGCUGUUGGAAAGAAGGAGUUGGGAAAGAAUAUUAAUGCCGAUGAGGCAGCAUCAAUGGGAGCCGUCUAUCAAGCUGCUGCUCUCAGCAAAGCCUUCAAAGUCAAACCCUUUCUUAUCCGUGAUGCAGCCAUGUACCCAAUUCAGGUUGAAUUUACACGGUCAGUUGAAGAGGAUGGUGUGAAAAACAUUAAACACAACAAACGUGUGCUGUUCCAGAGAAUGUCUCCAUAUCCCCAGCGUAAAGUCAUCACUUUCAACCGCUACACCGAUGACUUUGAGUUCUAUGUGAAUUAUGGGGAAUUGAACUUCCUCAGUGAGAGUGACCUCAGUAUCUUUGGAUCAUUGAACCUGAGCGCAGUUCAAUUGACUGGAGUUGGUUCAAGUUUUCAGAAGCAUUCAGAUAGUGAGUCUAAAGGGAUUAAGGCCCAUUUUAACAUGGACGAAAGUGGAAUACUAGCACUGGACAGAGUGGAAGCUGUGUUUGAGAAGCUGCAAGAUGAAGAACCUGAAGAAGAGUCCACUCUGACUAAGCUCGGGAACACCAUUUCUAGUUUAUUUGGAGGUGGAAGCUCUGAAACAGAUGGGAAGGAGAACCUGACUGAUUCUGUGCAGGAUGAAGAAGAGGCCACGAGUAAAGCCGAGAAGGAUGGUCAGGAAGAACCAGAGACCCCGAAUGAGAAAGAAAUUCCCAAAGAAGAGGAGAACAACAAGCCUGAGGAGCAGGGCAAGGCUGAACCUAAUGGAGAGAAAGCAGACCAGCCUGAAACAGGAGAGGACCAGGCCAGUACUGAGAAGCCUGAAACUCUGGAUAAAAAAGUGGAGGAUGUUGGAAAGGAAGAGGCGAAAGGUCCAGAAUCGGAGAAAACUGAGGAGGUUAAAAAGCCGAAAGGACCUAAGAGGGUAAAGAUUAGUGAGAAUGUGACUGUCGCAUUGGAAAUCCAGGACCUACCAGAUCUGUCACAAGAGGAAAUGAGCCAGUCUCAAAAAAAGCUUCAGGACCUUACAGAUCGGGACCUCCAAAAACAUGAGCGUGAAAAAAUGGCCAACUCAUUGGAAGCUUUCAUCUUUGAAACACAGGACAAGCUCUACCAAGAUGAGUAUCAAGCAGUCUCAACACAAGAUGAACGGGACCAGAUCUCUGCUAAACUCAGUGAGGUCUCAAACUGGCUGGAUGAGGAUGGAUAUGCUGCCACCACGCAGGAACUAAAAGCGAAGCUCUCUGAGCUGCGGAAGAUGUGCAAGGAGCUCUUCUUCAAAGUAGAAGAGAGGAGGAAGUGGCCGGACCGCCUAGCUGCACUGGACAGCAUGCUCAAUCACUCUACCAUCUUCCUCAAGGGAGCUAGACUCAUUCCAGAAGCUGACCAGAUUUUCACAGAGGUGGAGUUAAACACGCUGGAAAAGGUCAUCACAGAGACAACUACAUGGAAGAAUGAGACUGUGAAGGAGCAGAAUAAGCUGCCAUCCACACAGAAACCCAUCUUACUCUCCAAGGAGAUUGAGGCAAAGCUCGCUCUCCUGGACCGAGAAGUCAAAUACUUACUCAACAAAGCAAAAUUUGCCAAACCCAAGCCCCGGAAGGAGAAGAACACAACACAGGAAGCGAAAAAUGCAACAAUGGAGGACAAGAACACGACAGAUAGUGAGAAUGUUAUAGCGCCUGAGAAAAACACAGAGGGAGACACAGAGAAUAAGGAAGAGGUGGAACCUGGAGAGGCUCCACCUACAGAGAACCAAGUUAAAAGCAGCACCGAGGAUGGUGAGGCUAAGAUACCAGAUCCAGUAGUAUUAGAGUCUAGUAAAGGUACAGCUGAGGGAAAACUGGAAAGCAAAUCAGACAAACACCCUCCGGAUGAAUUGUAACCACUCCUGGCUCCUGCACCAGUUCUAUUUAUAUUACAUUACUUUUUAUGUAAUGGACCAGUUUGCCAUAAUUUAACAGAAAGAUGAAGCGUGAUUUGGAGCAGAGGUGUACAUUUCCUUUUUUAAGAAAAAAGAAAACUGGAUUUUCCUGUGACAGACUUUAUUGGAUAGAUUUACCGAGUACAAUUCAAAUUGCGUUGUGACCAGCAGGAGGCAGUCUUUGCAGCAAGGGUUUUGAUGUUCAAAGGGAUUUAAAAGCUUCAAGUUUUUGGAAGCCAUGUUUUUUUUAACAUCGUGUUUCUUCUCCCCUCAAUUGUUGUGUUCUUUUAAAAUGAAUGGUUAUGAAUGAACUCACUGCACUGAAUUGAAGUACGUUAAUUUUGUUUUACAUUGUCAGCUUAAGACAUGUUGGAUCUGUUAAAAUUUAGCUCUGGAGCCUAUUCCAGGGCUCGAUACAUGGCUUUAAAGUAAGUUGAGAAUCACAAAAGGCAGGGUCUGUGAUGCAGGGGUAUGACACCGCAUUACGUAGUAGACCCUCCUGCCUCGGAGUGCACAACCACCCACUACAUGCACAGAAUGUGUACAGGUAAAUGUGAGCAAGUUUCCUCUAUUUUAGUUUGCCUUGUAAACUUGGCCUUAUGUUUGCAACCUAGAGUGUCCCAGCCUGCUGUAAGCAUACCCCAUCACCAGCCACCAGUGAGGGACAAGGGUGUGGUUCUCCCUUGCCCCCACUCCCAUGAAUUGCAAGGGCUGGGGGCAUCUGCUGAUGCAACCAUUUUGGAAUCAGUCACAUCUUAUGCAGCACUAGUUUCUGUUAGAACUCUUGCAAUAUUAACAGACUGAAAGCACCAAAUUAAUCUAGAGUGGUGAUGAGCACUUCCAUGAGUUUGCUAGCACUCUAUACUGCAGCCUCAGUGGGUACAGGACACAGGCAGACAGAGCUUCAAGUUUGUUAUGACUUUAGCUUUUGAUCCUGUCUUAAGUGUUUCUCUGAAACACCCACUAACCCUGUGUUUCUAACUCCAGUUCCAGUUCGUAUGAUGCAGCCAGGCUUCCGAAUCAAUCCAGUGCUUCAAUUAUUGGAGCACCUGCCCUUGAUCAUUUUUUUUUUAAUUGCUUAAAAACGUGGAACAAAACCACUUGUGCAAACUCCAGACAGUGCCGUGCCUCAGACAGUGUGCAAGGGGGUAUAUCAUGCCCCUAGUUGCCUGCAGGAAAUCAAAGGCUGGAGUGUAUUCAAGAAUGUUACAGGACAAGAUGACUUUGAUAUUGCUUAAGCUUCACGGUUUAUAGUCAAAUCCUAUGUGACAUUCUCCACUCUAUAGAUCAUAGGUAACACACUGGCCUUCAAAUUACCUAUUCUGGUUGUUGUAUACUUCAGUUUUGUUUCUUAAAAUGAAUUCAGACAGUGGCGCCCUGAAGGUGCUCGCUUGCUCAGUGAUAUUGAGAAGUUGCUGCUCUAAAGCGACUGCCAGAAGUGUGAUUUUGGAGCUGGCUGUCUCUUCUAUAGUUAACCACUCACCAUCCAUUCGAUAUUAAAUGUGACUACAGAGGGGUUUUUUUUUUUAACUCUCUAUUAUACUCAUUGCCAGAUUCCUGCCUCUUGCUGGUCACUAGCAGUUACCAAUUGGGCAGCGGUGCAUAAAGUUCCUGUUUCUGCUCUGCAACUUGCAGUGUGUGUGUGUGUUUGUUUUUGUGACAGCUUAGUUCGUUUGAGUGUCCACUGCCAGGGCCGAGUACUGAACUUGCAACUGACAUUAAAGAGCAAGAGACAAAUUCACAUGCCCAUCCCCUAUUUAAUAUUUUGCAAGAGAGUGGUUUCCUUAAACUGCAUCUAGUUUGCUGAAGAAGAGUUGAGAGUAGGGACUAGUUUCCAGUUUCAAUAUAGGGACACAUCUCGUGUCAGCCAGUAUCAAAAUAUGGGUCUCUGAAUUGCAACACACCCACCUAAUACCUGAGAACAAUCUCACCAGCUGCAUAGAUGACCACUAGAGUUGUUUGGAUUGUACUUUAAUUACUGAAACUUCGGUAAUAUUCGUAUUGUAGUUACAUUAUUCCAAGUGGCUUUUCCCCUGCUGUUGGUUUUUUGAAUGUCUAAUUUGAAAAAGUUAAAUCUAAUAAAAAUAAAGUUCUAAUCUAAAGAUAAACUUGGUCCAGCAGCCAUUGGAGCUGUUGUGAGGUAUAAGUGAAUGUAGGGAGUUGAUGUGAAAAGGGACCAGGUUUCUAUUUGUGCUUCUGGUCAAUCGUUUGUGCCUAAUAUUGAGAAUGUACACUGUGCAGUCUGAAUUAGGGGCCAUUUCUGCACUUAAAACCCCUCGAAAUAAAACAGCCAGACUCACCAAGGCUCCACAGUGUCCCUACCAGUUGUGUUUAUCUGCACUGUUGUUCCCUCUCCCCAAUAAAAUGUUGAUUUAUUUUU